GCGAUGCCAGGCGGCCCCCGGGAGCAGAGCCGAGGGGGCUCGCAGGCGGGGAGGCGCUCCUGACGCCCGACGGACGGACGGAGGGACCGGGGAGAUGGGGAGCGGCGUCGCGGGCGGGAAGGAGCUCUGAGGCGGCAGAUGCCCUGAUGUUUGCCUUUCUUUGCAAAUACCGAGUCUAUCUGAGAUUGGCCAAUGCACAGACAAUAGCUGUAAAGCCCCAAUAGGAGAAUGAGUGAGAGGGACAUCCGAAGCUUGAGCAAAGGGGUAUUGGUGCUCUCUCUCUGCCUUAUAACACUAUGGGGAAGGCUGACACUGGCCUCAUCACACCACAGAAGCCAUUCAGUGCACAUAGAGCCUGGCACAUGUGAAGUCAUUGCUGCCCACAGAUGCUGCAAUAAGAACAAGAUUGAAGAACGGUCACAGACAGUGAAAUGUUCCUGUUUUCCAGGUCAGGUGGCUGGGACCACACGUGCUGCUCCUUCAUGUGUAGAUGCUUCAAUAGUGCUUCAGAAGUGGUGGUGCCAAAUGCAACCAUGUUUAGAAGGAGAAGAAUGUAAGGUGCUACCAGAUUUAUCUGGAUGGAGCUGCAGUACUGGAAACAAAGUAAAGACAACCAAGGUCACCCGGUAGAUUUUGGAAGAUCUACUCUUAGAUGGUAUACACUGCAUUGACAUGGCCAGCAUUGCAAAAAUGGCACAACAUGGCUUCUGUUCAGGUGCAAGUUACUCCUUGUAUGCUCUGCAGAGUUGGAAACAGGAUGACUUUCUUGGUACAGGAUAAAAUGCAGUUGUGGUAUAGGAUGUCUGUUUUUUAUGGGCGCUUUACUGUUCUUCCUUAUAUACAUCUGCUAAGGGAGUGGUACCACCAUUUGCUCCCUCCUGCUGGAAAAGAACCAAGGAUUACAGAAAAGGGGUGAUAACCCUCUAUGGGUGAAAGCUUGAAAAGGUUCCUUUGGAUUUGAAGAUAAAAUGUUGCAUCAGCUACUGAUUAAGUACAGCCUCUAAGGUAUUUAUCAUCAAUUGCUAUUCAGUCUUCAAUUAUGGAUCUUGAAUGCAGUUACAAGAACUCCCUUCUCUACAUUUUCUUUUCAUACUGUGGACAUACCUUUGAGAAAAAUGCACUUCUUCCUUCCUGCCCAGUUAAAUGUUGAAGUUGCAUCAAAUCCCUUGAUGACAACAAAGAAAAAGCAUCUUUCCUUUCUACUCCCAUAUUUUAGGCUGGCUGUGACAAUUGCUGAGAGAAUCAAGGUGAUGAGUGGGUGUUGUAUGCACAUUCAAUUUAAAAAAUAAAAUUAGUGUUUUUACAAAAUCUUUCCAAUUUAUGGGUUUCUUUUCUUUUCUUGCAGACAGGCUUUGAGGUAAGGAUUCUGGAAACAAGGACUCAGAAUCUGAUCUUAGGUAGUGUAAAACUAGACGAAUUCUAAUUAAGACAUGCAAUUGUUCCAGAAUGAUUCAACUUCAAAUUUCAGAUUCUUUACCUAGAAUAUGUGAGAAUUUACAACAUAAGAGUCAGUUCAAUACAUCUUGCUGGAAACACAAAGAGUAAAUAUAGUAUUCUCCUUUUGUUUCCCACAAGGAACAAAGAAUUUGCCCCCAUGGUCUUUCUCUGCCUCCCCUCGCCCCCACCAGUGUUUAUUCUAAAUAGGUUUAUAAGUCUUGUCAUUGCUGUUCAUACAAAGUAAGUCAGUUAAAUUAUUAUUAAAAUUCUGUUGAAAAUAUUACAAAGAAUGGGGCUCAUCUUUUUGUUUUUGAUGUGUUGGGUCUGGUACAGUGAUUUUUUUUUUCUUGAAGAGUUGAGACUGCCUAGCUACAUAUAGAAUUAAAUGAAGGCUUGUACCUAGGGAUGGUAAUGAGCACAGGUUCCUCUCAGGGACCAAAUAAUUGCUCUUAAUCUGUUCCACCAAACAAGAACGUAUUAAGAGGACUAUGAUAUACCCUCCAGUUUAAGAUGCAAUUUUUGUUUGUACUAAUAUCAACAUGGUGAGAGCAGCAUCUCCUUUAGCAAAUUAGGACAACAUAUAGAAGUGGAGGAAAUCAGAAGACACAUAGAAAAACUGUAUAGGUGAUGAGAUUCUUCUCAGUUACUGGUGCAAAAAUAAAUAAAUAAAUAAAUAAAUAAAUAAAUAAAUAUCUGGUGUUUAACAUAGAAAUUCAAAGCCAGAGCCUGCUUAGUAUUCCAUAGCAAAAGGUAAUGCCAGACAUAGAAGAGAUAGAUUUUCUUUAACAUGAGUUAUUGUUAAACUUUCCAAGUGGGCUAUUGAGACCCACUCCCCUUUAAUUAUAAACCAUAAACCUGUUCCAUGUUUUUGUCUUAUUAUGGUUACCUUGAUUCAUGAAGGUCUGUUGAUUCAUUUAGGGCUGGGGCUGAGAAUGAUUGUGCACCUUGCAAGUAUAACCCAAAGUGAACAUUUCCUUCCAACUAAAAUGAAAAAGAUUUCUGGAGUAUCCAGGGGAGAUGGAGCAGCAAACAACUGCACCUUGAGAACUCUCUCCUGACCUGACCUGUUUUGCAGUGGCCUGGCCUCCAUGCUGUGACUGUAUGACCUGCUGACUUUGUUACCUAAACUUUUUUGUAUCAGACUAUGUUAUACCUGCUUCCAAUGCGAUGUAAAUACCAGACUGUGAGAUAUUAAACUUCAU